CCCAACAUAGCUAAUUUUCGCCGCCAAGGUUUUAGCCCUAGGCUCAACGGAUAUACCCUCCUCUCUCGCCGCCGGCGGGGUACUAGUCUCCGUGGUGCAAUCCGCCGGUGGGACCCCUCUGCCCUGCCCUAAUCCCCAUCAAACGGUCCAAUUCACACACCCCUCGCACCCACAUGGGGAACCCGCGCCGCCCCGCCGCCGCCGCCGCCGCGGCGCCGGCGUCGGCGGAGUUUGAGGUGGGGUUCGCGAAGCUGCAGGGCGAGUGCUUUGAGUACUACAUGCAGACCUACUCCAUCAUCCUCGGCCGCCACAGCCGCCGCAGUAGCAAGGACCCCGCGGCCCCGCCGGUGGUGGAGGCCGACGAUGGCGUGGACGUGGACCUCGGCGCGCUCGGCGGCGGCAUGAACGUCUCCCGCCGCCACGCGCGCAUCUUCUACGACUUCCCGCGCCGCCGCUUCGCGCUCGAGGUGCUCGGCAAGAACGGCUGCCUCGUCGAGGGCGUGCACCACCUCCCCGGCUCGCCCCACGUCAAGCUGGACUCGCAGGACCUCCUCCAGAUGGGGGAAGCCAAGUUCUACUUCCUCCUCCCGACCCGCUCCGUCUUCGGCACCAGCACCGCGCGACGCGCCUCCGCCGUCCCGCGCGCCAUCCCGCCGCCUCCAUCUGAUGACGACGAGGAUGAAGGGGAGGAAGACGGAGAGGCCGUGGCGGCGGCAACGCAUCUGAGGAACGGGAAUAACGGAAGAAGGUUGGACGCUGCAGGAUCAAAAGCUUACAGGGAAUCAGAUGAUCAACUAUUGCUUCAGUUGGAGGAGAAAGAUGUCAUCUCAUCAGCUGCUACUAUAUUGUCUGAUCUCUGUGGACCUCAGGAAUGGGUUUCUAUGAACAAUCUUCAUGAAGUGAUGUUUGAUAAGUACGGCAAUUUGUGGCACCACAGCAGGGUGCGAAAAUAUCUGACAUCGGAAGACUAUCCAGGGAGUGAAACUGAUGGUAGACCAUGGCAUGGACUUGCAUUGCUGCUAAGGAAGUACCCUGAGCAUUUCGUGAUCAACAUUAGGAAUGCUGGGGGGCUGAGCACUGAGUUUGUCUCUUUGGUCUCACUGCAACCUUGAGAAUUUCCAGACACUUCUCCAAGGGUGUCGUAUAGCUUGGAGUAUACUUCUUUGGUCUCUUUUCCUGCUUUUGUAAACAGUAUACCUAGUUGGAGGGUAAAGAGGGGUAUGUCUUUAGGAUUCAUUUUCCUUUCUGUUAAUGUUGUGGUCGAUACAUCGGUUAUGUGGAGGUUAACAUUUCCUAUCUGCUAUGCUAUAUUGCGUGAUCUGUAUGCUGGAAUGGGGAGUCUAGCCCUUGCAGUCCAGGCUAGGAUUUAGGGCGCCGUGCUGCUUCGAUGGCAAGUUUUUGAUGGGGUUGGGGCAUCAGAAAUGUACUCCCUCUCCAUCACUGUAGGGGUUAUUUCAUUUUGUGAAAACCAUAUUUGUAAAUAACAAUUAGUCGUAAUUGUACAUAUUUGUAAAUAUCAAGUAACAAUUAGCCAUAACUGUCCAUGCAUACUGAUUGUACUACAUCUGCAAAUCCAUAUUUAAAAUAUUCGUAAGUUGGUGUUGAUUUUGUAUCCAUCAACAAUA